UCAUCACAUCCCAACGAACUAGCUGGUGCGGGGCUGACCUAGCCUGCGCUUUCUAUAAAGCCUCGCGGGGCCUCAAUUCUGAUGCCAAUUCUGCUCCAGCCUCCGCAGCUCCAAGUGAGGGAGGGACUCCGAGCGCUUGCCGCCCAUCCUCCACGACGAGAGCCCCGGAAGGCCAGGCACGGAAGGAAAGCAAGCGCGCACGCUCAAUCGCUCGCGCAAUCGCAAGGUGGCGAGAUUCUUCAAGAAGAAGAAGAGACGCGCGGUGAGCUUUAGUAUUUUUCACGAGCGAGGUUUUGUGAUCUUAAACCUACGCGCACUAGUACCUCCGUCGUACCUUUCCAACAUUCAUCCUCCUCGGAGGUUUAACAAGAAUUCUGUUAUUUCUCAACGCGAUUGCCGGACCGGCGGAUUUCCCCUCUGAACCCUGCGCGAGCCUCGAGUAGUGCGCUCUUGUUCUGUUCGAGGUCCACUGCUGAAGAAUGGGCGCUCUCCGGUGCACGAGGCAGACCGGACUGGGCGAGACUCUGUAGUCCAUGAUCGCUCCCUCCGAUCAGUUUGUAAAUUCAAACGUAGCGACUUGGUAGUGGGAAGAUUUUCGCAAGCUCUAAGAAAUUUGCUGACAAAGAACUCGUAGCAUUAGGUCGCUUGAAGCCUUAUAGGAACCUUUGCGAAUUCGGGGCAUUGGAUCUUCCGAGUGCAAUUGCCGAUUCGAUCUUGAAGAAAAUCCCGCAGAAAGGGAGGGGAGAAGGGAAGGGAAAGGAGUGAGAAGAUGAACAAGGUGGUCUGCCCAGAAUGCCAUAAAGCGACAGAGGUUGUGGUGGAUCACGCCGCCGGGGACAUGGUCUGCUCUGAGUGUGGGUUAGUACUAGAGGCCCACUCUAUCGACGAGACCUCGGAAUGGCGUACAUUCUCCAACGAGUCGUCGUCCAACGAUCCCGUUCGUGUAGGAGGUCCUUCUAAUCCACUGCUCACUGACGGUGGUAUGUCUACAAUUAUUACUAAGCCAAAUGGAGCACAGGGAGAUUUCAUGUCCUCUCUCGGCCGCUGGCAAAAUCGCGGCUCAAAUCCGGACCGCUCUCUGAUCAUCGCCUUUCGAACGAUUGCAACUAUGGCAGACCGAUUGGGGCUAGUCUCUACCAUUAAGGAUCGAGCCAAUGAGAUCUACAAAAAGGUGGAGGAUCUGAAAUCUAUAAGGGGAAGGAGUCAAGAUGCCAUUUUGGCUGCUUGUCUCUACAUUGCGUGUAGGCAGGAAGACAAACCCCGAACUUUCAAAGAAAUUUGCUCUGUCGCAAAUGGAGCUUCCAAAAAGGAGAUCGGACGUGCCACCAAGUUUAUAGUUAAGCAGCUCGAAGAAGAAAUGGGCAUGUCCAUGGAGAUGGGUACAAUCCAUGCGGGUGACUUUUUGAGGCGUUUCUGCUCGCAUCUAGGGAUGACGAAUAAUGCUGUUAGAGCAGCCACAGAUUCUGUAAAAAGAUCUGAACAACUUGACAUUCGGAAAAGCCCCAUCUCUAUAGCCGCAGCUGCUAUUUACAUGAUUUCACAACUAUCAGAUGACAAGAAGCCUUUGAAAGAUAUUUCGCGAGUUGCGGGGGUGGCCGAAGUUACUAUCAGGAACUCUUACAAGGAUUUGUACCCGCACGCAUCGAAGUUGAUACCAGAGUGGUUUGCGAAAGAAGAGGAUUUGAAGAAUCUCUGUGCUCCGUAGGACCUGGAUGCUGCAUACUGGUCCAAAUUUUUUUUGUAAUUCAUCAAGUGGACGUUAUCUCAAUCAUCUUGUUCUGGGACGUAUCAUGCCAGAGUGAAAUUUGUUCACCCGACUCGACAUUUUUACGGAAUCAUUUUAGCAUCAUACGUUGAUUGAGGUCCUUUCACGUGAAGAUCUUAAAGAUCACACGAUUAGAUAUAUUUCUGGAACCCAGUUGCAGUUGUCUGCGUUUGCAAUGAGGUAUAGAUAGCUUGAAAUCUCUGCUGAGGUAGCCCAUUAUUCAAAACUUAAGAAAUUAGUUGUGGGUAGGAAGGGAACCAGAUAUGGCUCGUCAUUUUUUGAGUUGCACAGCAACCUUCAAUUAGGCCGUAAGACCGAGAUAUCCCAGGGUUUGUAGCUGUGUUUGGUUAUUUGGGAAUCUGGUUAGAGUGAGCUCAUGGAGUCCACUUUUUUUCCAGUGGCACUCAAGAGAUGUGAAGUCUCAGUUGUAGUGAUGGUCUUUGUUUCUGAUUUCUCCGGAAACCAUGGAUCUCUGUAAAUUUACAGUUCGAACAUUUUCCUUUCAACUCUUGGAUAUUAUACAUGGGCGGUUCACACACUUACAAAACAAGUGGCCAGAUACAACUUUGUACAUAUUAAUCUUGUUUAACAAUUGUAUAUCCUGCUCUCACGCGGCACCUCCAGCCGCUUCUU